UUCUCCGAUUCCAAUCCCACUGAAUCCCAACUCCUCCUCCCAAUCCCUCAACAACUCCACUUCGUCGCUGGAUUCUGCAAUCGGAUGAUAGCAAGCGAUUGCCACGGCAAAGGAGCCGCUUCUCUCUCUCUCUCUCUCUUCCCCUCACUUCCCCCUUUUUGUAUAUCGAUCCGCUGCUUCAUCGCCGAAAGAUGGUUGCUUUGGUCUCUCGCCACGGGAGGAGCCUACAGCGCUACCGCGCCGGCCGCCGGCUCGUCGUCGGAUGCAUUCCUUACAAGUUCAAGAUCGACCAAGCCCUUGAGGUGCUCGUCAUAAGUUCUCAGAAAGGACCUGAACUCAUGUUCCCAAAGGGCGGUUGGGAGCUCGAUGAAACUCUACCGGCAGCAGCUGCCAGGGAAGCCUUUGAGGAAGCAGGUGUGACAGGAAACUUCGAGGGUGAGCUCGGCAAGUGGCUCAGCGAGGACCGAGACAAGGUCCACUACAUGUUCGCCAUGAGAGCGACCGAGGUGCUGCAGCAAUGGCCUGAAAUGGGCAGGAGAGAACGCAAAUGGGUGACGGUGGCUGAAGCAAGGCAAGUCUGCAAGCAUCCAUGGAUGAGAGAAGCAUUGGAGAGAUUGGAAGAGCUCGUCUCGAGUGGAAGUAGGCAAGAGCCAAGAGGAGGAGGAGGAGGUUUGACAGCACUGACAGUCAAUUCUUCACUGUAAACACACUGGAAUUGGAGAUGUUGUUGGAGUUGAAAGAUUUUUUUCCUUCUUUCUUUUUUAUACAUUAAUACUCAUUUUGAACGAGAGAGGGGAAUCACAUUUCUCCUUCGGAUUGAAUUGGAGGAAAAUUGAGGUGCAAAGCAUUAACAUGCAUUUUCCACUGGAGUAGCAACGAAAUUCUUUUGUUUUUAAUUUGUUAUAAUAAUAAUAAUACUUUUAUUUGAAUAAAAUAUAA